AUGAGUGAACAUGUAUCGUAUUGGAUGUUGCUAUCGAAACUGCACUUCGAGAAUGGCAAUUGGCAACAGGCAAGCGAUGAGCUGUCGAAAGCUCGCGAUAUACAGAAACGUCUCAUUAACAAGUCACCGUCUGAAGUGAACAACAUCCUUGAACAACGCAAACUUGCUGCCAGGUUGCUUCAUUAUUUCAUCAAAUCAUAUUGUUUAUCAAAUGUUGAUUAUCAACAUAAUUAG